AUGAGCAGCCCAACAAACAAACCUUUGUUGAAUCAUGGCCCAAUCAAAAAAAAGACUGGUUUUUAUGGAAGCAUUGUUUCGAACACACUUCAGCACCAAGAAACUAUAUCUGAGGACACCAUGCGUAAUCUAACUUUCAAACUACAACAGAAAGACGCACGGAUAAGGGAGUUGGAGAUGUAUGGCGUUGAGAAGAAUGAACUUCUCCGACAACGUGAAAUGCUUAAUUCCGACAAGAAGAAGUUCCAAGCAGAGCUCUCGGCAUUCCAAAGUGAAAAGGCUGCCAAAAGUCAGAUGGAAUUCCAGCAAAAUUCCACCAUUAAAUGUUCCGUCGUUCCGCCAGAAGAUGGGAGAUUUGAGCAGGAACUUAAAAUAAAAAAUGAUGAAAUUGAGGAACUCAAGCUCAAUUCUCAAAGAAAAGUCGCCGAAGUGUUGACUGAACUAGAAAAUAUUAAGAAGGAACUACAAUCCGAAAAAACGAAAAUUUUGGACUUGGAAAACACAAAUCAAUCCCAAAACAAACAACUAUCGGAUAUCCUCGAACAAAACGAAAAAUUGAACUCAAAAAUAACAGAUUUAACAUGCCAGAACGAGGGCAUUGAAAAAGAAAAAGAAGACAGUGUUGAAAAACAAAAAGAACUCGAAAAUAAAAUUUUAAGACUCGAAACAACAAUCUCGGAAAUGGAAAAAUCAAACAAUAUAAAUGUUGAGUCAAUGAAUAACGUUCGUUUGGACCAAAUCAAGGCAGAAAUUUCCGAAGAAAUAUCGAAACGCGAAAAACUUGAAUCUGAAAAUUUGAAUCUUAAAGCCGAAAUUGAUCAACUCAAAACACAAAACGAAAAUCUCCAAACCGAAAAAGCACGAACGGAAAACGAUGACGUGGACGUUCGGGUAAGGGAACUUGAAAUUAAAAUCGAUGAGAGAGAAAAAGAGAUUGUUCGUCUUGAAGAAAUGAACCAAAAAUUGCAAAAAUAUUGUGUUGACGUGAACAAAGAAAUUCAGAAAAACGAGAGGUCGGCAGAACGAAAAAUUGAGGAAUUUCUUCAAAAGGAAAAAGAGAAGAGAAAUGAAAAUGAAAAGACAAUUUUAGAGAUGCGAAACGAGAUUGAGUCGCGGCGGAACGAUGGAGCUUUUAUGGCUCAAAAAAGACAAGCAAUUAUUUCAUCAUAUGAGAAGCGACUUGAAAUUCUCAGAGAGAAGGGGAGAGAACAGGAACAACUUAAGACUGCACUUCUUCUUGGAGAGAAGGAGGAGCUUGGUGGUGUAAAGGACAAUGUAUUGAAGAUGAUGAUAUCUGCGAUCAUCGUCGCACUCAAAAUGGCAAACCCGAAGUACGAAGCGACGAAAGAGACUGUUGUGUCGCUGUUUAAUAAGAUCCAAGAGGAAAGAAUUGAUGUGAUGGAAUGGCCGAGUUAUGUCCAGGCGUUUUUUGAAAAGGAAAUUGAAUAA